AUGGUGAGUCGUGACUUCUACUGGCACCGCCAGUAUGAGUUCGUGCGGAAAUACAUUCGCGCUUGCGAAGUUUGUCAACGGGUGAAGCCUAGUCCUUCAUCACGCGCACCCUUGCAGCCUCUACCGAUUCCAGCAGAGUGCUGGCAGUCCGUAUCGAAGGAAUUCGUAUUUGGGUUUCUUAAAGACGCUCACAAGAAUACUGGUAUUCUUGUGUUUGUUGAUCGGUUCAGCAAGAUAGUAUAUCUUGUUGCAGUACCGGAGUCAAUCACAGACCAGGGCUGUGUGCGUGUCUUCAUCGAUACUAUCUUCCGACUUCACGUGUUACCCCGUGAACUCGUGUCCGACAGGGACCCCCGCUUCACAGCGGAGUUCUGGCAAUCUGUGUUCCGUGCACUUGGAACACGUUUGAAGAUGUCAACUUCUGACCAUCCCGAAACAGAUGGUCAAACGGAACGCAUCAACCGCGUUCUCGAAGAGAAACUUCGAGGGUAUGUCCCCCCACUCGCUUACGAGCUGGAGUGA